UCUCUGCAUAUAUAUAUAUAUAUACUCCCACCUCACGAAGCAAAGGUAAUUUCCCCUCUUUUUUUUUUUUUUACAUCUCCUGUGUGUAUAAAAGAAGCCUUGAAGGUCACAGCCCAAAGGAAGAAGGGAAGAAACAUAUCGUCAUCAGAUUAAUCUCAAUCUCCAGCUAGCGUCUCCAUGGGUUCCAAGAAGGAUGCCCAAACCUGGGCAGACCAGUGGGGCUCAUCUGGUGGCGACGGAAGCUUCAAGAAAGGAGGAGGAGGAGGAGGCAGCAGCGGGAACAGCGAGAAGAAGACGGUGGCCGGCAACGUGAAGGCCGCGGCGUCGGAGGGCCUCGUGAAGGCGAAGGCGGCGGCGCUGGUCGGAGCGCACAAGGUGAAGUCCGGGACGAGCAGUGGCAUCAAGUGGGUCAAGGGCCAGUACCAGAAGAGGGCUGGAAAGUGAUUGGAUUUCUGAUGCGUUUGCCUGGUUGCUAUGCCAUCGUCUCACUAGCUGUUGCUCCUUUAGCUUGAAGCAUUGAAGAAAGUAUCGACCAGAGACGGGAGGUUAUGUCUUUGGCGCUAUUCAUUUGGAUGAUCUUGUGAGCAAUUAAUUAAACUGUUGCUGAUUUUAAUACAAGAGAGUGUCUUUUGGUGCAA